AUGAUCCUUUGCUUUGUAAGCGCUGGCCAAACAGACAGUGGUCACCUGCGCUGGAGGAGGCUGAGUAACUCUCAAGAUACCUGCAUGGCUCCACCAUCAGACUGACGCUGGUGAUAACUUUGAGAAACAUCAGCUACCUCCUGAGGACCGAACAUAUCAACUGCCAUUGACUUUUUCAUCAACUUACUCCACUUGGAUUCAGAAAGUUUGACACUCAUUUUCUGGGGUCUGUAAGGCUGAGCAGACCGAGCUUCAGCCUGUGGACUCAUGGCGAUCAACGCCGAUGCGGAGGACUGGGCGGGAGUUGGGAGUCAUGACUCUGGAGAACGGGCCUGGCUCUUGCAGAGCCCCAGUGUGGAUUCUAUCCCAAAUCCUGAGAUGGAAAGAACAAGGAGCGGGGGGGUGUCUUCUUUUGGAGCAGUGUUUAUUGUAGUGAAUGCUGCCCUGGGAGCUGGUCUACUAAAUUUCCCUGCGGCCUUCAACAUGGCGGGAGGAGUAACUGCAGGAGUGAUGCUACAAAUGUUCAUGCUGAUCUUCAUCAUUACUGGACUGGUGAUCCUCGGAUACUGCUCAAAGGUCAGUAAUGAAAGCACUUAUCAGGAAGUAGUUCGAGCUUCUUGUGGGAAAGUCACAGGAGUCAUAUGUGAAGUGGCGAUUGCUGUCUACACCUUUGGGACUUGUAUUGCUUUCUUUAUUGUCAUUGGAGACCAGCUGGAUCGCUUGAUAGCAGCAGCGGGACAUGAGGGUGACACAGUCGGUGAUCUGUGGUACACCGACCGCAAGUUUACCAUUGUUGUUACUGCAGUCCUGAUUAUUUUGCCUCUCUCGAUUCCCAAAGAGAUUGGCUUUCAGAAGUAUGCCAGUAUGCUGAGUGUGAUGGGAACCUGGUAUGUUACCAUCGUGGUCAUCAUAAAGUACAUCUGGCCAGAUAGAGAGAUUACUCCGGGCUACAUUCCCACCAGUGCUUCUUCCUGGACUGCAGUUUUCAAUGCAAUGCCCACCAUAUGCUUUGGUUUCCAGUGCCAUGUGAGCUGUGUGCCGGUGUUUGACAGCAUGAGCAAAAAGGAAAUCAAACCCUGGGGAGUUGUAGUCACUCUAAGCAUGAUAAUCUGUCUCUUCGUUUACACAGGAACAGGUGUCUGUGGCUUCCUGACAUUCGGCUCUAAUGUCAGCCAGGAUGUGUUGAUGUCUUACCCUCCUGAUGAUAUCGCUGUGGCCAUUGCAAGAGCUUUCAUUGUCGUCUGUGUCAUCACCUCUUACCCCAUUUUACACUUCUGUGGCAGGGCAGUUAUUGAAGGACUCUGGCUGCGUUUCCAAGGUGAGCAGGUAGAGGUGUGUGUGCGACGUGAACAGAGGAGGAGGAUCCUGCAGACGCUGGUGUGGUUUGUCGUCACCCUGGUCCUUGCACUCUUCAUCCCAGAUAUCGGUCGGGUGAUCUCCCUGAUUGGAGGAUUAGCAGCCUGUUUCAUCUUUGUCUUCCCAGGUUUGUGUUUGAUUCAAGCAAAGUUGGCAGAGACGGACAACCGAUCUGCAAGCUGGCAUGGAUUGGUGGGCAUGGGCGUUGUCAUGGUUACAAUUGGAACUUUCGUCUUUGGCCUCACUACAACCAACUCCAUCUAUCAGGACGUCGUCAGCUAAAAGGAACAUUUUCAGCAUAGCCAGCAGAGUCUACGUUGAAGACCGGGGGGGGGGGGUGUUUGACCCUGUGCUGCUAUUUUUGAACUGAUGAAGAAAGAGAAGCAUUUCAUGACACUCAUUAAACAAACAGGUCAUCUACAUCAUAACACCUGCCUGCUCCACAGCUCUUUACUCUGUCAGGUAGUCGGAGACGACUCACAAUGCCAAGUGACUUUAGACACUUUGCCUUUAACUUUAUGUAAAGUUUUAUUGCAUGUUUUUUUUUAAUGUUUUAGUGAUGUUCUUUUUUUACUUGAAGUAAAAACAGUUUUUGAUGUUUAGUCACUCCUCAGAGGCACAGAAUGACUUCCUCCAUGUUGACCCUGUGCAGGCAACAUAUUCCUGAUUUAUAUAUGGAGCUGAGGACUUUAUAUCUUACAAAGUCUACGUCAAAAUGAUUUUAAUCGUUACAUACCAACUGUACAUUCAACUUGCAUGUUGACUAAAAACAUUUCUUUACAUUAACAUGCUGUGGCUCUCAGGUCUACUUCAGGUCCAGGCUUUAUGUUUCAAACGCAUAUAGUUCAUCAACAAAUCAUGAAUUUGUCUCUAAUAUAAAAGAACAAUUAAUUGAUAGAUAUGCACACAUACAGUACAUAGAGCUGUAGAUAACAGCAGCAUUACUGGUGGAUGUGUUAUUUGCAUGACAGCAAUUCAAGUGUUUAAUUUUUAUGCUAAUAAGUACCUCAAAACAAGUUGAAAAAGUGAGAUUUGGGGCAAAGGAGUGUGCUAGUAUUUCAUUUUUAUAUACAUUUUGGAACUCAUUUGAGAUAUUGUUUUCUUGGUGACUCAUCAGUUUUCAUACUUUAAAGUCACAUGUGCUAUGGUGAUUAGUUGUCUUUGAGGUAAAUCAUUUGAGUAAGACAUGUACAAAGUUAAGUUCUUGUGGGCCUGAAUGCCUUCUAAGAAGAUUCAUUUUGUUAAUAUUGUACAAAAUAGUUGACAGACGGGCUUAAAACUAAAGCAGCAAGCCUCCCAAAACACUAUGCCUGGUUGUGCAGUGUGUCCGACAUGAGCAGCACCACAAAGCACACGAACUCUUGAGGGGCAACAAAGAGGGUUGGAAAAUGAUAGUUUGUGAAUGUAAGAGAAAAAUGGAUGUUCAAACUGCACAAAAUGGUUUUCAUAUAAUUUACAGACAACUGUUUGUCUGGUUGGCAGACAAGAGACAGCUUGACUGUCAUUGGUGUCAAAACUCUUGGUGUGGGGUUUUAUUUACUUGAAUCACUUCCUUGUAUCUCAAUCCAAUAAGUUAAAAAAACCAAAGUGAGCUUUAUGCGAGUCCUUUCCCAUUUAGCUCUAAUUAAACAUGUUCAAAACACAUGGAUUAAUCAGACUGAAAGUUAAACAGCAAAUUCCCCUUUAAAGCAGCUGAAGUUUAAAAUGAUGAAGUGUACUGAAUUGAUUGACAUUUGUUUAAUCUCCAAAUCUUAUUCUGGCUUGGAUAAGAAUGAUCUAUUCCACAUCAAUUAACUGAAGCCAGAUUGAAUACUUGUCUCUGGAUUUUACUGUUUCUGAGUUAUGAAAUCCUAAAUUGUGAGGCUGUUUCAUGUGAACACAAAAGACUGUAAAAGGGAUUUCCACCCACCCCCCACCAAAAAGCAGUAACGUAUUUAGUCAGACUGUUGGACCAAAUACAUGGAAUAUAUUUUGAGGAAAGGAGCAAAAGCCAAAACAGUGAAGCUGUCUGAACAAAAUGUUAUUGUAUUAACAUUUAUUUAAAUCAUUGUUGAAAUGUUGAUUGACGUUAAUAGUUUAAGGUUGAGAUGAUUUUUUAAAUACUGAUGCUGCAGAAAAUGUGAUGGAUUGACUGAUUUAGACAUCCGCUGUCUAUUGAUCAGAAAUCAUGUGUCCCUGCUGUCUCAGACAGAAAGUUAACAUGUAAAAUGUUCAAAGUACUUGUGGUUGAAUGGAAAUACUUGAACAAACUACCUGUGAUAUUCCAAUAAAUACAAUCGAGGCA